CUUAUCUGCCAAAGAUGCGGAAAAAUGCGCGCAUGCCUGUUGCUGGCCAUGAAUCUGGUAGUGGCCCUCCAAAAAAAGCCAAGAAAAAGAUGAAAGCGAAAGCGGUGCCUGCCAACGCAGGUCCGAUCAAGGUACUCUUCCUCACAAACCCGCAGGCAGAGUCCAUUGGAAGCAGCCCCCAAACUCUGCGAAAGUUGCUUGAAGCUUUUGAGAUUCCAGCGCCAAAACUGGUCAUUAAUUUGAUGCCGCCCUCACUCGGUCUUCGAGCCUGGUUGGACUUAUAUGAGGAGACUGACUUUCAGUUUUCAGAUGGCAUGAGUCCUGAUUUGUUUCACAACAAACCUCCAUUCCGAAGCUUCGACGAAGAACGCCAAACCCUUGCUAGCUUAGAGACCUUCAUGUCAGACAUCAUCUUACCGCUGGCAGUUGUUCCAAUCAUGUAUCUCAACAAAGAUGAAAGCUCCUACUGGCGUUCAGUGCGAAGAAAGUGCAAGGCUUGGAGUGGACGGGACAAAUUGCUGCUUGACCUGAUCAAUGGCGGUGGUUGGCUUGGUGCGUCUGCUGAGAAAUCAAGACUGAAGCAUGAUCUAGAUGAAACUGCUACUCGCCUCAUUCUUUUUGACUUGAUAUCCCGGACAAGCAGUGAGAAAGCUGCUUUUGACAUGAGUGCAGCCACAUCGCUAUGUACAAAUUUGAUCCGUUUUCUUGGCAGCAACCUGCCGAGCAUUGCUUUGAGAACUGCAUACACAGACAAGUUUUGGGACACGGAGUUUACAUUGCAGUCAUCCUUAGAUCAGGUGAGUGCAGGCACAGAGCUACUCCUAUUGGAUUUGCGACAGCGCCCAAGCGCCACUGAACAGAGUGAGCAUAUGUCCAAGGCAGAAUACCUAGAGUCUGCUUGGAAAUCUUUUGAGGAAUCAUGUGAUGAAUUGCUGGCUCAGGAGAUGUGUGAAUCAUUUGACAUUUGCAGCCUGGCCUUUGCUCACCAUCUUCUUUUUGGCAGCAUGGACAACCGACAACCUGAGAAAAAAAGACCAAUACCUUUGCACGAGGCCAUUAGUUUUGCAAGACGGCAAAAUCAGAAUGUCUCUCCGGAGGAAGCAUUGGGCUUGGCGUCAGAUGCGCAGAUUGCUGACAUUGCUCAGCGACUUGCUGGUCGGGUGCAAGCCCUGGUUUUAGCUACAGCCUCGGAUACAGCCAUGGCACGCAUGACCGGCGUCACGGGCGUACAGCCCUACAAAUCCCUCUACACCGGAGCGGAUUUAGGGUGCCUCUAUGACCUCGGAGAGAUGCACGAGGUUACAGCUAGGGACGAAUUUACAGACCUUCGCAGUACAGAACCCAUCGAUGAGUCAGUGGAUACGUUGUACAUUCCAUUGACCAAAGGCCAUUACAUGAGUGGCCGCGGCGAAGGGUACAAGCAUGCCCAGAUUCGUCCACAGGGCACGUACGGGAUGACAAUGGGACAUUUUUCGAUGCAUGACGCGAUCACCUGGUUGAUUUUCUUGGUGUAUCACGGGUACAUCAAGACCCAGUACACAGAUGAAUUCUAUGUGAAGGUGUACACCCCGGAAUUGGCUCGACUGACCGCCUUGAUGUACAACAAGAUGGUCAACGUUUUCAAUAGGGGAUUCGUUGGCAUGAGAGUCCAAUUUCUGGAGAACAUGGUGUACAGCUUUUCUCAAAGGGAAAUCAAUUCACCAAGGAUCUUCCGGGUGCAGAUCAACAUGGCUGACAUUCUCAGCCGCUACAGCCUUGACAACGGGUACAGCCCAUUGAUGAAUCGUCUACAGGCAUCGAAGACAUUCCAGAAGAGCCUACAGAUGCUGUGGUACCAUGAUUGCUGGGAAUGCUUGACCGAAGCGCAGAAAGCUGACAUUUUCUUCAAACAGUUGCAUGCAAAGAAGGUGGCUGAGUACGCGGCCCGUGCCAGGAACUUGCUCAAGAAUUCUCACACUCAUCACGCCAAUAUCCACGAUGUCGAUACUGCGAAGCGAAGCUUGAAUGCUUUGGUUCAGACAGACAGACUCCCGAAAAGUAAUUCAUUGGAGGGUUUGCAGCUAUUGCAGGAGGCCUGGUGCGAGUGUGACAUAGCGGAUUACUUGGCAAACCGAUACAAGUUAGUUACGAAGAUGUUGUACCUUCUGCAGUUAUCGGUUGCUUUUCUCGUGAUUCUGGUUUCACAGGUGCAAUUCAAAAUUCUGGAGCUGGAAUCAGCGACUGACAUUGUGUUUUUGCUAGCCGUCCUCCACGGUGGUGCUGUCUCUAUUGAUGGCGUCCUAAGGCCUAAACCACGAUGGCAUUCAUUGCGAAAAGCGAGUUCGUCCUUAGAGUCUUUGAUUUGGUUUUACCGUGCUCGUGUUGGUGAGUUUCGAAUGGCUCCAGAUCUGAACCCACGGAGUCCAGAACUCACAUUAUGCAAGCGGCUCAAUGAAUGGACUGAAGAUCUUAUGUCAUCUGCUGACCUAGUUCGCAGUUCGUGGAGUCGAUCAUAUCCGCCAUCCAUCGACAGGCACCUGCAACGCACAGGUGAUUUCAAAAGCGCACAACGGCGUGGAGAGGAAGUCCAAACUGUGGCUUUUAUUGAUGAUCACUAUUCCCCAGUGCAGCCUGAGCUCUAUCUUCAAUUUCGAUUGUUAAAGAGAAUGGCGUGGUACCAGAAGAGAAUUCCGAAGUAUGCGUGCCAUGCCUUCAUAUUCAAAGUUCUUGUUCUGACAUGCACGAUUUGUGCCGCAGUCCUGGCCAGAUUUGGGGAGGCAGAUGCCGUGGUUUUGAUCACGGCUUUUUCAUCAGCCGCUACGACUUGGUCUGAGUUUGUUGACGCUGGAAGUAAAGUGGAGCGCUAUACUCGAGCCGUUCGAACCAUGUCCCAGCUUGUUAACUGGUGGAAGCAUCUCAGUGAGGUUGAAAAGGCUUCAACUGAGAACAUUUCUGAGUUAGUUGUUCAAACUGAACAAGCGAUUUCGAAGGAGCAGACCAAUUGGUUGCCAAGCCAGGCGAUGGGACGGGCUGACAACCAUGCCUCAGCCUCGGAGGUUUCCAGAUCUAAUGACCCGAAGAAUGCCGAAAGAGUGAAGUUGAGUGAGACAACUGGCUGA